UAUUUGUUAAAAUCACCAGAAGCUGCAGGAGAAACUUACAAUUUAGUGGACAGUGGUCAGACCACACAAGAUGUGAUAGCUGAAAUUGUGUCAUCAUUGUUUGGAGUUAAACACGAGUUUCUAGGCUCUGUUCUUUCAUCUUUAUGUAAAAACGAUCUUGAUACUAUUGCAUCCGAAGCUAAUGACAAACAUUCUAUACCUUGGGCCGAAGCAUGUUCAAAGUCUAAUGUCCAUAACACUCCUUUGUCUCCGUUUAUUCACAAAGAUCACUUGAACGGUUAUCGUAUUCAAAUGAAUGGCAGUAAAUUUAUGAAUAAUUCUAGUUUCACAUUGAAACAYCCAACGAUCACGGUUGAACUACUGAAACAGGUUGUCGAUGACUACAUUGAUAUGAAUCUUUUUCCUAAAUCAUUGCUAGAUUAAAAGUGUUGAAAGUUACCAUUUCAUUAAGCACAACUUAUUGUAAACUUAAUUUUGAUAUUUUCUGUGAUAUGUUAUUAGUUUUAAUUAUUACCAUUUACCAUUAUUUUAUAUUUAUUUACACUGAUAUAUUCAAAUUUAUAAAAAAAUUAUUAAUGUCCAUCAUUUAUGAUAAAUGACGACAAUGAUGAUGAUGAGCUUUAUUAUAUAAUUUAGU